CUCAUUCGGUCUCUCUGCUAUCAGAACUGCUUCACCAACACAAAUUUCCGCUUCCUGCAAAGACAGCAGCCGAGACGGUCUCGCGCGGGGACUGGCACAGAUCUUUGGUGUCUGCUUUCGGGGACAAACCCUGAAGACAGCGAUGUUUUCACCGUCUGUAAGUGAUUAGCUCGGAACAGACCAACUUUCUUUCGGUGUGGACGCGUUUACACCUACGUCGUGAGUCUUGAACAAAAACAAAAAAGGGAAGGAGGAAAACCGACCCCAACCGAGCGAGGGACGGCUAAGAAAACACUUGUGCGGGUGGCCACCUCCCCCUUACGAUUGUUCUCCGUCUGAAAGCUCCCAGUCAGUCUUCAGGAUGUCGGAGCGAGGAGGGCUCCCACGGACUGGGGGCGUCCCUUCGCCGCACAUGCAGCCCUCCAAGCCGGUCAGUAUCUCCUCCAACCGGCCGGUCCACAUGAACCUUUACGCCACCUGGGAGGUCGACCGCUCUUCACCCAGCUGCGUGCCGAGGCUCUUUAAUCUGACCCUGAAGAAGCUGAUCAUGUUGAAGGAGCUGGACAAGGACCUUACUUCUGUUGUCAUCGCCGUUAAACUGCAGGGGUCCAAGCGCAUUCUGCGGUCUAAUGAGAUCCUGCUGUCCUCUGCAGGCCUGACAGAAACUGACCUACAGCUCACUUUCUCUCUGCAGUACCCCCACUUUUUGAAGAGGGACGCCAACAAGCUUCAGAUCAUGCUGCAGAGACGGAAGAGAUACAAGAACCGAACUAUCCUGGGCUACAAGACUCUGGCUCUGGGCCUUAUCAACAUGGCAGAGGUGAUGCAGCACCCCAGCGAAGGUGCCCAGGUUCUGGGGCUCCACAGCCAGCUGAAAGACGCCUCCGUGCCCGUGGCUGAGAUUAGAGUGUACUCCUUGAGCAGCCAGCCCAUCGACCACGAGGGACCCAAGGCCAAGAUGUCUGACCGUUCCCCAGACAUCGACAACUACUCCGAGGAGGAUGAAGAAAGCUACUCGUCAGAACAGGAAGGCAGCGACGACCCCAUUCAUGGACAGUAUCUGUAUGACGAAGAAGAUGAGGUAAGGAAGAAGAAGCCGAGACGUAAGCUCCCUUCCAACGCGGCAAUCACCCGACAACCCAACAUCAAACAGAAGUUUGUUGCCCUUCUGAAAAGGUUUAAAGUCACAGAUGAGGUUGGUUUUGGCUUAGAGCAUGUGUCCAGGGAACAGAUUCAGGAGGUGGAGGAGGACCUGGAUGAACUUUACGACAGCCUGGAGAUGUACAACCCCAGUGACAGUGGGCCUGAGAUGGAAGAGACCGAGAGCAUUCUCAGCACACCCAAACCAAAGCUCAGGCCGUUCUUUGAGGGGAUGUCUCAGUCCAGCUCCCAGACAGAAUUCGGCAGUCUGAACAGCAGAGGCAGUUUGGGUCGAGAUGCUUUCAGCCCGCAGGGGGAACAGCCUUUUUUGGAGAAGAAACCCUCCCGCAGCCGAAACCUGGAUGAGAUGCCAUCUGAGACGGACACGCUGGAGCUAACAGAUCAGGAGGUAACUACUGAAGUUGGCCCCUGCAUCACUGUGUCGGCAGCAGAGAAACCACACACCCCCCUGAAGAGCAGCAAGAAUGAAAUUCAGCCCAUGCUGUCACCAAGGCUGGAGGGGGGCCACACACCCCGGCACAAGCGCAACAGCAGCACGCCCAUGAAAGAGAGGCAGCUGUCCAAGCCACUAAGUGAACGCACCAACAGCUCAGACUCGGAGAGAUCUCCGGAUUUAGGACACAGCACCCCGGCCCUGAGGAAAGCGGUGUAUGAUCAGCUCAACCAGAUUCUGUUGUCAGACUCUGCUCUUCCCGAGAGCCUCAUUUUGGUAAACGGCACAGAGUGGCAGGGGCAGUAUGUUGCAGAGCAGCUCCAGGGACAGAGGCAUCCAGUGGUCUCCACGUGCUCAACGGCUGAAAUCCAGGCGGUGCUGUCCGCGGUGCUGACGCGCAUACAGAAAUUCUGUAACUGUAACUCCUCCAUGCCCAGAGCUGUGAAGGUGGUGGCGGUGGGUGGCCAAAGCUACCUGGGAGCCAUCCUUCAGUUCUUUGUUACCCAGCUGGCCAACAAGACAUCCGAUUGGCUCAAUCACAUGCGCUUCCUGGUGGUGCCUCUAGGCUCCCAUCCUGUUGCUAAGCACCUGGGAUUCCUUGACAACCGUUACAGCUCUUCCUUUCUGGAUUCAGUAUGGAGAGAUGUGUUCAGUCGCUCUGAGCCCCCGCAGACAGAUCAGCUGGAUGUUGCAGGAAGGAUCACUCAAUACAUAAGUGGAGCCACCGUUACACACCAGCUGCCCAUCGCUGAGGCCAUGCUAACCUGCAAGCAUAGGACGCGUGAUGAAGAUUCUUACCAGAAGUUCAUUCCUUUUGUUGGGGUGGUGAAGGUUGGCCUUAUAGAGUCUGGAGGUUCUCCAACAGGAGAGUCUGAGGAAGGAGUGGCUGUGAGCUUGGCCGUCCCCUCCACAUCCCCCCCAUCCCAUGGCUCUCCCACAGGAAUGAUCAAAGAAGCAGCCACUCCCCCCUCCUCCCCUUCUAUGGGCAGUGUCCUAACAGUUCAAGGGAGCCCCAGCAUAUCUCACGGCGUGGACGCCAUCGGCCUGCAGGUGGAUUACUGGCUGGCUUCCCUGGCAGAGAAGAGGCGCGAGGGGGAGCGGCGGGAUGUGAGCUGCAAGAACACACUGAAGAGCGCCUUCCGCUCGCUGCAGGUCAGCAGGCUACCAGGAGGGGGCAGCAGCGACCCACAGGCCCAGGUCAACACUAUGGCCAUGACUGUGGUCACAAAGGAGAAGAACAAGAAAGUUCCUACAAUUUUCCUGGGAAAGAAGCUCAAGGAGAAGGAUGUGGACUCGAAGAGCCAGGUCAUUGAAGGCAUCAGCCGCCUCAUCUGCUCUGCCAAGCAGCAACAGACCUUCCUGAAAGUGUCCAUAGAUGGAGUGGAGUGGAACGACGUCAAGUUCUUUCAGCUGGCUGCACAGUGGCCCACUCAUGUCAAGUACUUCCCUGUUGGACUGUUUGGCUACAGCAAGCCCCUGUUGUAGGACAGAGCCGUCUUCAGAACCUCCGACCAAUGACCAGACCUUUCGCUUUCCUGUCUAAACUUUGCACACAGAUCCCACCUGUCAGCACCCUCACAUCGCAAACAUUUCCUCCGUUCAUUUAUCUUUAUUGUCUUUGGAGCCGGAGAGGAGGAUGCGGAGGAGGGAGGGAUGGAUCACUGUUACUUGUCACUUUAAUGCCCCUAAUUGUGUGUCUGUAUGUAUGCAGCAAGAAUUCCUACACACAUGAAUGUAUGGAAUGUGUUGGGGGGGGGGGUCACAGCACAAUUCUAUCAACUAACUGCCAUUUAUGUUUCCGUUUUAAGGAAUGCAUCAGCAUUUAACCGCAAACUGCUUUCAAGCCUUAAGAGUCUAACUAAGGGCUUAAAGGGCGCCUAUUUUUUGUUCUGUGUUUUUGUUCAUCAAGUAUUUAUUUCACAAGUGCAUGCUCCACCUUUUUAGUUACACCACUGAUGGGACAGUGACCCCACAGAGCAGAAGUGACUGUAAGCUCAUCAGAUUCAGUCAAGGAGAAGGGAAGAGGUGAUGUCCUCGAGCCUUUAUUCGCAGAGCAAUUGAGCUUAAUAUCAAAUCUCUUUACGUCCUUUUUUUUGUCAUUUAAAGGCUUCCAGUAAAGAGUUUAGCAUGUUAAACUGCUGAAAAAGUACAUUUAGAUGCCAUACAUGGGAAAAAAAACCAUACCUAGAAUUGUUUUCGUGAUGUCAUGAAACACUUGAAACAAUUCUUUGUAAGCAAUCUUUUUCAACCUCAAUUUCAACUUUUUUAUUGCGAUGAAAAAUGCAGCAAACAUACUUUUAAAACACUCAAGUUUUUUUUCCCCAAUCAUAGCUUUUAAAUAAUACCAAGAAUGAAGCACAAUACUAUCACCGAACAGGACUUUACCGGCACAAUCGUCCACUUUUCUCCAAUAAAAAGAAGAAAAAAAAGGGAGUUGGAUCAAUCAAAAUGAACUUUCAAAUUUCUCCCAACUUUAUAAAUAAGUAGAUGACAAUGGAGGGGAAAAAAACACAUUCUUAUUUGGGUGCGGGCUCGCCUUAUGCUGUCUCACCAUCAUAGUGGGAGGAUUAGUGAGUGUGCAAUAUGUGUGGUGAAAUAAAUGUGCAGAACUUUAAAAAAAAAAAGGACAAAAAAUGAAAAGGUUCCAUGUCUUAUAUGCUGUUUUGCGGGGCAUGCCUUUGAUGUGUGUGUGUGUGCGUGUUCCUUCUGACUCCGUGACGACAAGGAUCUUUAAUUUUCACAUGCAGGGCUGUGCAAGCUGCAGCGAUGGUUGGGCACACUUUGUAGCCCGGCACAGGAUAAUGCAAACGGAAUUCCACCUAUAAGUGCUGCAAACUCCAAAUGCAUUUAUUAAAAAAAAACACAACAAUAAUAAGCUUGUAUCAAAAAAGCUUUUGCAGAUUCGCCUUGUGUCGUCUACACUGUAACUCUAGUAUUAUAUAAGAAUGUUUUUCUUACUGGUUGCUGUUAGUCUGGGAGUAUAAAGGCAGCAGUGGGGUGGGGGGGGUUCUUUGUGGAUAUAACAAUGUUACAGUUGUGAUCUCAGCUCCAGUUUUCUGCUCGACAACUCCUGUUUCACAACGCUAAAAUUCCUGGCCAGUUUCCCCUGAUCGAGCACUCAGUUGGACGCUGCUUUAUUUUUAAUUACAAAUUUGAAUUUAUCAGUUUUUAUUUCUUCUCCAAAUUUUUGGGAAUAAAACGUGAAGUUCAAAGUUUUUUUAAAUUAUAAAUUUAAUUGACCAUUUCAAAGUAGUGGACGUCCAUUAUGUUUUCUUGCGUUUUGGCAAAUUUUGAAAGGCUUGAUUGGAAGAUGGACGGAUCAACAGCUGUCUGUCAGCGGCUGGACUCCACUCGUUCCUGAAGAAGUAACACUGUGGUUGUAUGUGGACGUUGCUCAAACUUAAAGUUUUACUUUAAUUUCAUGUGUUUUUCGAAGCAACUCAUUCUGAUGGUCAGGGAUAACUUGUAAAUAGAUUCAGGGGGAGCUUAGUCGCGGUUCACACCCAGAAUAAAAACUAAGAAUUUCUCCAUAAAACAGGGUUUUUUUUAACUUUUAGAUUAAAAAUAAAUUCUCUAAAUUGAAAUGGUUUCACUGUCAUUCAGUCUCAUAAUUGAUGUGACUGAAUGAUAAGCAGUAGUUUUAAACAUUUUUAUUUGCCACUCUUAUUCUGUUAAAUAUUUGAAGCAAAAACCUUUUUUUCUAUUCACGCAAAUGUUUCCUUAAAGUUUUUUUUUUCUGCAGCUCCUAAGAGGAUAUUUUCUGCAGUAUUGAAAAAAAAGUGAAUAUUGUUUGAUUAAUUGGUUUGCUUCUGUUGUGGUUGUGUUGAGUUUUUAUGACAAUUUAUUGUCUGUUUUUUAGUAUAUGGCUCUGAGAGUGGUUUCUGAUGUGUGAUAGAUGAACCAAACAAAAAAAACAAAAGAAUCUACUUGCAGAUAAAAUAAAGCUCCUUUUUUCCAUUGAGAAAAAAUGAAAUCACCUUUUUGGGAAACCUUAUACCAAAAAAGGACACCCUGCUACACAAAUUAACUGCUGUGAAUACAUUUUGACAAAGAAAUGGAUAAAAUGUGAAAUGAUAUUUCGCAAUAAGACAACUGUUCAGCCUAUAGGGAUCUUUAACAGGUUCUCUUAUGGCGAUCUCUGUUCUGAGAUACUGUAACAUCAGAAUAACAAUCAUGAGAUCUUCGACCUCCAAAGAACCAAAAAUCCCUUUAAUCUUUCAUUUUAUUGAUAAGCUUGGGCUUUUAUUUAUAAGUGGAGACCUAAAUUUUACAAACAUGUUCCAUUUUUAACCGUUUCAAAAAGGUCUAAAGUGUAAAAGUUGAAAUUAACUGAGUUUUUAUUGUCACUUGUUAGAACAGUCAUAAAAAGUUUUUGGUUUUUUUUUGCUAUAACUUAGACUUUCUUAUUUUCUUUAUUGAUUCAAUACAAAUAAUUAUAUAUACUUAUCAGGUGCCCCCAGAUAAGUGUUUUUAAAAAAUCUGAUGACAGGAGUCGUCUUACACACCGGUUGUUCUGUGUCUUCUGCUGAUGCUGUUAGUUUUUAGCUGUACUCGUCUUCCUGUGUGGACCUGUGUUUGUGAUGGUGAUGUUUCCUCUGUCUGUGGUUAGAGAUUAGGAGCUGUUCAGUCCAUUAAAAUUUCCAUCAGUGAUCAACGGCCUUUCUCUGGGAUGUCCCUCUGUUGAUCAGUAACUUUUCUUCACCAGGCUCCCACCUGUGAAAACUAGACGCUCCACCACAGCUUGUGGAGGAUCCUUUUUUGAGAGCAGUCGCUUUGUACCCGGGGAGAUCCUGUCAGGAGCUUGUGGACUUUGUGGAGAGUAUUUUUGCACAUGCCAUGUUUCUUAAGCAGCAUUUUGUUGUUUAUUUUUUUGCCUUCUGCCUAUAACAACAGUUCUAAUAGAUUAUGAUGCUUGUACAUAUCAGAUAGUACUUGUACUGUAAUAUGGAGGUAUAUGUUGGUUUUGUUUCAACACGUUUUGUAGUACUGCUCUUCAUGACUGCGUUUGUUGUUGGAUUAGUAAGGUGAAUGUGUUGUUUCAUUUGUUUUUGUUUUUUAAAUAAAAAUAUUCAUGGUUUUUA